AUGGAGGAGGCGGCGGGCUCUGAGGCGUCCUUCUGCCUGCAGAGUAUCCUUCCUCCUCCGGAGUAUUUUCCUUCUCCUUUUCCUCCUCCUCAGUAUUUUCUUCCUCCUCGUCUGAGGCGGGCGGCUGGGGGGGGCGGGGCGCCCCGGGGUCCCGCCGGCUCCCCGCCUCAGGGGGCGAGCGGCGUGCGGGGGCCGUCUCCUCAGCGCUCCUGCUCUCCUCCCUGUGUGCUUAUCCUCCCCAGGCGGGGGGACCCCGGGGGCUGCCUCGGGGGCAGCUUUUUUUGGGUGGGGGGAGCUGGGGUCGGGCAGGGCGAGGGCCCCGUGCAGCCCUGCCUGUGGCGCUGGCUGCUCGCUGGGAGCCGGGGCAGGACCGUCCCAGCGGGAGACCGGCGGGUUGCCAAGUUGUUUCACAGACUUUGGAACUCAUCACUUGCAUCAGCUGUUUCAGACUUAACAAAAUCUGCAGAAUUAACCAUAAUGGACGACUCUAAAGAUGAUUAUCAGUAUGAAGAGAUUCCAGCAGAUGAUGAAUUUAGUCUUCAGGAAGAUGAUGAGGAUCUGUCAAAGGCUUUGCAGACUAUUCAAGAGCAGGCUGAAGAUGCCCAAAUUUUAGCUUUGCAGUCAGUUCUGACUUCUGAGAAAUCAGUGUCUGAAAUACCUGAAGCAAUGGAUGAUUUCUUCUGCAAUUUCCUGGUCAGAUUGGGAAUGUCCAGAACUCUUGACUGCUUCCAGACUGAAUGGUAUGAACUUGUACAGAGAGGUAUGUUCACAGCCAAAGAUAUUGGAUUGGUUCCAACUGUGUAUACCCGCAACCAGCAACUUGAGGCUGAGAAUAUGCGUUUGAGGAAAGAUUUGGAAAACUAUAAACUUGCUGCAAAGUAUGUUGUUUGGUCUUAA